GAUCUACGCUAUCAGCCCACAUAAGCUUUUUAAUAUCAUCAGAAGUACACUUUUCAAAUCACUUUCCGACAUCAUGGUAACUCCACGCAGUGCAAAGAAGGCCGCCCGCAAAAGCAGUUCGAGGUCAGCGAAGGCUGGCCUCAUCUUUCCCGUGGGCCGUGUUGGCUCACUCCUCCGCCGAGGCCAAUACGCUCGCCGCAUUGGUGCCUCAGGUGCUGUGUAUCUGGCCGCCGUGCUUGAGUACCUGACAGCUGAGCUCCUGGAGCUUUCUGUGAAGUAUUCUACGAUGUUAGAUAAGAAGAAGUACCGCCUGUCUCCGCGCAUUCUCACGAUGGCUGUCCGCAAUGAUGCUGACCUCGGCGAGCUACUCAAGCACGUGACUGUUUCUCAUGGUGGUGUGGUGCCAAGCGUAAACAAAGCUCUUGCAAAGAAAUACAAAGGAAGCAAACGCAGCAAGGUUGCUCAUGCCGCUUAAAAAGUCCGUAUGCUUCUUCUUGCAAGGAUUUCAUAGAUGCUUUUUUUCUGAUUAUUAUUUUUCUUUUUUUACUUUUUUUUUCGGGGUAAAAAUACAAUUUCUCUCAGUCAAUGAUCAAAUAUAUAUAAGAAGGUAA